UCGCGACGGAAUCAAAAUUUAUCUUCAUCUGUUCCGCUCUCUCUCUCUCUAGCUACAUCUGUGAAUUAACGAGACAUUUCCUCCAUGCAGUUCAGCUGAUAAUUAAAGGAUAUCGUGGAAAUGGCAACCUAUAUGUGGAGGAAAUAUGCAGAUUAUGUGUACACAAAGUGGGAGAAGACAAUUCUAUGGGAUAUGGUCGAACCAUUUAGGAGACCAAAAUCGUUUACACCUCUUGUCACAAUCUAUGUUUGUGCAUUUUAUACAGGGGUUAUUGGGGCAGCCAUCACUGAGCAACUCUACAAGGAAAAAUACUGGGAAGAACACCCUGGGCAAGAAGUGCCUCUAAUGAAGCCGAUGUUUUAUGGCGGCCCUUGGAGAGUAAUGAGAGGUGAUGUUCCUCCUAUGGGAAAGUUCAAUCUCUGAGCAGCAGUCAGUUGAUAGUUAUAAGGUAUCUAAUAUAAGCUCUAUGAAAAGGAAAAGUAGCGAGAUAUGUUGUAGGUGCACACGAGUUCAAAAUUCUAUCUGUGAACCAAGUUUAGUAUAUACGUAGAGAGAAGGGUAGAAGGGCAUAUCCAUUAUUCACUGAAAAGGGAAAGAUACCACUUUCUUUGCAUUUAUCGUGUGUUUAUAUUUGACCUAUCCUCACUUGUAAAGAUUUUAAUCUAGCUGUUUACUAUGUUGUCGGGCAUUUUUCUGAUCCUAACUGGGUUGUUUAGGGCUAGUCUGCUAGUAUCUUGUCGUUAUUCCUGCAAGUAUUACGGCUACUUCUUACUAUCUUCCGCUUCAGUUUUCUA